AUGUCAUCGACUAAAGGAAUGAAAUGCGGUGGUUGCUUGUCUGUAAUUGCUGGAGUAGAAUAUGUAACUUGUCAUAAUUGUCAUCAUGGUUACGACUUGUUGUGUGCCAAUAUAAAUAAACAUGAAUUUAAGCAAAUGAAUUCGGAACGUAAGCGACUAUGGGUUUGUGAUGGAUGUCGUAAUAAGCAGCCUAAAUCCAAUAAAAAUGAGACUCCUGUUCGCCAAGGGCAACUGCGUCGGGAGGGAUCACAGCAGGCUGUGGAUACGGAGGACCCGCAUUUAAAUGUAACACUAAGAAGGAAACCUAGUCAAGAGACUCAGACUGUUAGCUUCAUUAGAGAUGAGGUAUGCGCGGCGUUGCGAGAGGAACUCACACGACUACUACCAACUAUGUUGGCCGCUGAAUUAGCACCUGUCAAAAAACAACUGAAUGACCUUCAGACCUCAGUAAAGUUUGUGAGCGAUCAGUAUGAUGAUUUAAGUAAGUCAUAUGAUAAAUUAUUAAAUGACCAUAAAGCACUAAUAGAAAAAUGUAAUCACAUGAGCAUGAAUUCAUCAAGUUUAAUUCAAAGGGUGAAUUCGUUGGAACAAUAUUUACGUGAAUCUAAUCUGGAAAUACAAGGUGUCCCAGAAAGCAAGUCUGAGAAUAUUUUUGGUAUAGUUAAGAAAAUUGCUAAUGCGGUAGGAUAUGCACUUUCGGAUUCAAGUAUCUUAAACUGUACUAGGGUUGCAAGUAUGAACAGGGAUGGCAAGCGUCCACGUACGAUUAUCGCGAAAAUGUAUAGUACACGCUGUCGCGACGAGUUUUACUCUGCAGUUGCAAGAUUUAAUAGAUUCCACAUGAAUAAUAAAUUAUCUUCAUCGUUGAUCGGAAUUGCUGGUGAGAGCAGACCAAUAUUUGUGUCUGAGCAUCUUUCUCCCGACAACAAAGUACUUCAUGCUGCGACAAGACAAAAGGCAAAAGAAAACAAGUAUAAGUUUGUUUGGGUGCGUAAUGGUCGAAUCUUCUUGAGGAAAGAUGAAACAUCACGAUUUGUUUAUAUUAAGAAUAGAGAAGUAUUGGACUCUUUUAAUUGGUAA